AUGACCAAAGUCUAUAAUGCCCUAGCUCCUGAAGAGGAUGAGGAAGGGGCUGUAUCUCCUGCAUCCAAGGAGCCAAUAUCCAAGCCCUCUCUCCAUGCCAGCAACACUGCAGUCACAGAAGAUAAGGACUCUGUGGUCCUGACCUGCUCCACAGAUAACACUGGGGUCUCCAUCCACUGGUUCUUCAAUGGCCAGAGUCUAAAGCUCACAGAGAGGAUGAAGCUGUCCCAGGACAACAGCACCCUCACCAUAGACCCUGUCAGGAAGGAGGAUGCCGGGAAUUACCAGUGUGAGGUCUCCAACCGGGUCGGUUCCAGCAAAAGUGACCCCAUCAGGCUGGAUGUGAACUAUGGAAGAAGCACCACAGGCCUCCCUGUGGCAUCCAUCAUUGGCAUUGCAGUCGGGGUCCUGGUUGGAUUGGCACUAUAGUUCUGUCCUGGGGUGUCUCCUGUUCCGCACAGUUUUUUCAGAGUUCUGCAGAAUUUUCAAGACAGAUCAUCUCAAAAACAUACAAAGUCAUCCAUAGAGUAGAGAGGGAAUAUCCCCCACCCAACUCAUUCUGAGGUUAGCAUAACCUUUAAAUUGAAAUAGGAAUAACAGGAAAAGUACAAAAAGAAGAAAGUAUCAGGCCAAUCAUACUCAUGAACAUAGAGGAAAAAUGCUAGACAAGGAAUUCUCAAACCAAAUCCAA